CAUGACUCUAAAAGGAAUAAGAAUCGCCAGCUUAGUGCCAUUUUGUUGACUCCUGCCACAAGAAAUAGCUGAAUCAACAUUACUUCAUGUUUGACAAUUUUGAAGGUGAGAUGCCUCCAUGACAGUUUCCAGGUUAGCUUUGCUCUUCUUCACCCCACAACGCGCAUCCCACAGGAAUCUCAGCCCUCAGAGUGCAGGACAUCUGCCCUGCCCUCCCAACACGCCGGUGUCCUGCUAUUUCAAACAGAUGAGCUCCUUAAGAGUCUUCUUCCUUCCGCGAAACUACGUGGGAGUGCAAAGCCUGGUUCCACGUCCCCACGUCCUCCCGGGACUGUGACUUCAGAGGUCCCCUGGUCCCACAGGGAGCAUACCAGAGUCCGCGGCCAGAGCUAGGUUGCUGGCAGCUACUCCUCCCAGCCUACAGUCCUAAGGGCCCCCUGCUUUUUCUCCCACCCUCCCCUCCUACCCCCUUUCCUCGCCUUCCCAGAGCAAGGGUGGCGGGGGACGGCGCCGAGAGGGGCAUGCCCAGGGCGGGUCCGUAGCUGCCGGGGUCGCGGGCAGAGCUGUGGGCAGACCCGUGUGUGACUCUGCCCCCGCCCCCCGCAGCCUGGGCGCCCCCGCUGCCGAUCGACUCGCCCCCCACAGUUCAGCGGGGCAGGCUACUGAAGCCCACAGGCAGCUGCGAGCGGCUGCAGGCGGGCGAGGGGCGGGGCAGCCAGGGAGACUCGAACCUCCCUCCCCGCCGCUCCCGCAGCAGGUAGCCGGGCUGGGCGGGGUCGGGGGCCAGCGCGGCGCGGCGGUGGAGGCGGCAGCUGCGGGCGAAGAGCAGGCAGCCUCCCGGGUCAGGAGGGAGCAGCGGGCACUGGGGGGCGCGGCCUCCCCGACGGGCAGCGCUCGGGGCACGCUGACCCCAUGGCGAGAUGCCCGCCCCCGCGGAGCGCGGCCAGCGGCGCGGAGCCGGCGAGCCCAGCGGGGCAGGGGGGAAGCUGAGGCACCCGCCCCACCCCUGGUGGCAAUGAUCAGCUAACCGGGCUGAGGCGCUUCUCCCCGGAGAGCCGGGGGCUGAGCGGGCCCGGGGACCCUCCCCAGGACCCAGCGUGUUGGGAGCCGGCGGCUUCAUGGGCAGCCCCCGUCAAGAUGGUUAUGGACAUCAACAGCAGUCACGUGUCCGGCCAGCUCCGCGCCUUCGCCCUGGCGGCUCCCCGCGAGCUGAGCAGCAGUGGGAUGGUGGCUGGCUCCCUGCACCCCCGCUGGCUGAAGAUCAUCCAGGAUGUCACCGCCAGCCCCAGCCCCGCUUCCAGCCUGGCGGCCGAAAAUGAAACUCGCUGCGGGGAGCAGAUCCUCAGCUACGGCAACAUGGAGAAAGUUGUUAUCGGGGCCAUUCUCUCCCUCAUCACUCUGCUGACCAUCGCGGGCAAUUGCCUGGUGGUGAUCUCCGUGUGCUUUGUAAAGAAACUCCGGCAGCCCUCCAACUAUCUCAUUGUCUCCCUGGCUUUGGCCGAUCUCUCGGUAGCGGUGGCCGUCAUGCCCUUUGUCAGCGUAACGGACCUCAUUGGAGGAGAGUGGAUCUUUGGCCACGUUUUCUGUAAUGUCUUCAUUGCUAUGGAUGUGAUGUGUUGCACUGCUUCCAUUAUGACUUUGUGUGUGAUAAGUAUUGACAGGUACCUUGGAAUAACAAGACCACUUACAUAUCCUGUGAGGCAGAAUGGAAAAUGUAUGGCUAAAAUGAUCCUGUGUGUAUGGCUCCUCUCUGCCUCUAUCACCAUACCACCGCUUUUUGGUUGGGCCCAAAAUGUGAAUGAUGAAAAAGUUUGUUUAAUCAGUCAAGACUUUGGUUACACAAUUUACUCCACUGCGGUUGCAUUUUAUAUCCCGAUGUCAGUGAUGCUUUUCAUGUACUAUCAGAUUUACAAGGCUGCUAAGAGGAGUGCUGCUAAACACAAGUUUGCUGGUUUCCCACGGCCAGAAGAAAAUGAAGGCAUGGUUUCUGUGAAUGGAGUUAUAAAGCUACACAAGGAAUCAGAAGAAUGUACAAAUUUUUCACGACUCCUUAAACAUGAUAGAAAAAACAUUUCCAUCUUCAAGAGAGAACAAAAAGCUGCCACGACCCUGGGAAUUAUUGUUGGGGCCUUUACUGUGUGCUGGUUGCCAUUUUUCAUCCUUUCAACUGCCAGACCCUUUAUCUGUGGUACAGUAUGCAGCUGCAUCCCGUUUUGGGUUGAAAGAACAUUUCUAUGGUUGGGUUAUGCAAACUCUCUCAUUAACCCCUUUAUAUAUGCCUUCUUCAAUCGGGACCUGAGGACAACCUAUCGCAAUCUACUACAAUGCAGAUAUAGGAAUAUCAACCGGAAACUAUCAGCUGCAGGGAUGCAUGAGGCUCUGAAGCUUGCAGAAAAGCCAGAAUUUGUGCUAUGUCUGGGUAGUGGAAGUUCCCCAUCACCACCAAGUCCUGUGCUUUGGAUGGGUACGUCUACACUAUGGAGAAACUCUGAUUACUCAAGAAAAAAGAGUCAUGACUUAUGACCAAAUGCACAGCGAAGUAAUCAGAUAUGGCCAAGGCACGACUGGGGAAGGAAAAGUAAUGAAGAUUUAGCCUGAGAAGAAAUGGAGGGGUUAUGAAAUGCACUUAAUCUUCUUUGAAUGGGAAUGCUUAAAAAAUAAAAUAAAAAUCAAUGAGCUUGAUGCAUUGUAUUAAAUGUAUUUCUCAUGGAAGUGGUGACAUCUCUCAUUUAUUAGUGGGACAAUUGCUAUUGUGUACAAAUGAAAAUAGUUUUCUGUUUGAGAAAGCCAAAUCAUUUUAGCAAUAAGCAGUUUGACGCUUGAGGGAAGAGAAAUCAACUGAAAUCCAGAAAGACAAGACAUUGUACAGAUCUGCACCUUUAUCAAUCAAUGUAAACAGAAGACAGCAUUCAUUUAUGUUUCUCAUGCUUGUGGGUUACAACAUUGCUAUUAAUAUUCAGGGAUCACCGGUGAUAAGGAAUGUAUUUUGUUUUACUACAAAAUGAUAUUUUUCAAGCAAAUGGUGGCAAUGUAGAUGCUUUCAAGCCUUGUGUUGAAAAUGUUCUGUGUGUCUGAGCUAAAAUCCAGAAAGGCAACAAUAAAAGGCUGAUUUUUUUAAAAAGUGGACCUUUGGUACUAAAUGGCAAAAGCCUUGUCUAGUUAUAUAUCAUUGACACAGGUGGUGGUUGGUCUUUAAGAUAAAAAUGGAGCAUAAUUUGUUGGUUAUCUCAGACCUUUCAGUAAAAAUGCAUCUCGUGGAUUUUACUAUGACUAAAUCCAAGAGACAAGAGCAGGAUGUAUAUAUUUUACACAACAAAAAGUUAAUUUAUGUCCUUUCUAAGUGGUGAUUUUUGAUGUAUCAGAAUAUAUAGAGAAACUAGGAUGCCUCUUUGUUCAAGUAACUGCAUAAAAAAUGGGAGGAUUUCAACAGUCUCUUGUGUGCUAUCUGUUUCUGAAUAAUAUAUAUAAAAGCACCCUUUUUACUUUGAAUCGCAUCUGUUCAGUUGCAUUUCAUGGGGGUAUAUGCUGUUGUACUGAUGAUAAUCAAGUACCAGAGUAGCCAUUGUCACUGUAUUAAAAGUCACCAGGACUCUAUUCAGUACCUCAUCAAUAGGAUUAGUCACUGUGAACCCCACAUUUUAAAUAAAAUAAGUGCCUUUGGUAAUUCACUUGGAUUUCCCAAGAGGUACAUAGUAAGAACAAAUAGAUCUGUACAAAAUUCAAGCAUGUCAGUGAUAAAAGUUUCGUUAAUCCUUAAAUAUUUAAUGUGAGAAAGUUUAUUGUAAGUACUCAGUGGACCAAAUUCUGAUCAGUUACAAUGGUAUCAAUUUCAGUGAAAUUACUCUGAAUAAAGUCAGAUCAGAACAGGGUGCAACAGAUAAAACUAAGGAUAGAAGAUUUAAGGGAGAAGAAGGACUCACAUAAGUGACAGUAAAAGCAAAUGCCUGAAGAUUAUUUCUUCUUCAGUAAAUGCAAAACAGAAUGAAAAAGGAUAUCUGUAAUAUUCUAAAGCUUAGCUACUUCACAGACACUGAAGCAUCUGUAUUCAGAACAAAGUGG